AUGGAGUACGAGGCCAAGAAGGGGAAGAAGGGGUUUGUGUCUCCCAUCAAGCGGCUGGUUUUCCCUAAGGCAGCUCGCAGGCAGGCGCUCAGGAGCAGUGUCUACCGGAGGCCUCUGCAUUCGGUCCCUCUCUACCCCCCAGAUUAUCUCAUCGAUCCCCAAAUACUGCUGCACGACUACGUGGAGAAGGAGGUGAAGUUUUUAGGCCACCUGACCUGGGUGACGUCCUCCUUGAACCCCUCCAGCCGGGAUGAGCUGCUGCAGCUCCUGGACACGGCCCGGCAGCUGAAGGAACUGCCCCUCCAGACAACCCCGGAGCAGGACAGCAUCCUGAGCCUGUCGGCCCGCUGCCUCCUCCUCACCUGGAGAGACAAUGAGGAGCUCAUCCUGAGGAUCCCCACCCAUGAGAUCGCGGCCGCCUCCUACCUGCGGGAUGAUGCCCUGCACCUCCUGGUGCUGAAAACAGGCCUGGGAGUUGACCCCGUUCCUGCAGGGGGCAGUCUGGACAUGUACCCAGGGGGCAGUCUGGAGAAGAAGCUCCCUGGAGGGGCAGCUGAGAAGAGGCAGGCGGGGAUCUGCCUGGAGCCCAAGCAGCUGGGGGGCACCAUGGAGCGCCGGCACACCAUCUGCAGCCUGGACUGGAAGAUGGCCCGGGGCGGGCAGGAGGGCAGGCAGGGCGGGGGAGGGAGCCUGGAGAGGAAGCAGGCCAGUGGCAGCUGGGAGAAGAGACACAGCAGCCGGGCGGGCGGGAGCUGGGAGCGGAGACAGACCUACAGCAGCAGCUGGGAGCGGAGGCAGCUGGGGAAGGCUGGGGGCAGCUGGGAGCGGGGUAAGACGUAUGGCAGCUGGGAGCGGAGGCACACAGGGAAUAACCCACUGGAUCCCAAGGAGCCCAGCCCUGAGGCGUAUUGCAACCUCAUCAUCCUGGCCGUGGCCAACAGGGUGAGUAGCCGAGGGUGCUGUCCCCUUGCCAACCCACCUGGCAUUGACCCGCUCCGGAUCACCACCACAGCUGUUUUCUCUCACUGGGUGCAGGAUGCAGCUGAAGAAUCCUGUGCUCUCAUCUGCCAGGUCUUCCAGAUCAUCUAUGGGGACCAGAGCAUCGAGUGCGUAGACCGGGCUGGCUUCCACUACACCUCCACCCCCGAGCGCCCCUGGCUCUCCAGCAGGAGCGAGAGCUGCCGCACUGACGGAACAUAUGGAUAUGACGCUGAUUUCAGCUGCUGCAGCUCAUUCAAUGGCUCCCACGAGACCUUUGACGCAUAUUACAGUGGGACUUCUUCCCCUUCCUUUCGGGAGUCGCGUGACAGCCUGUCCAGUGACCAGAGCAGCGUGGGACUGGAGCAGCUGCAGGACUAUAUGAUCACAUUGAGGAACAAGCUUUCCCCCCAGGAGAUCCAGCAGUUUGCAUUACUGCUCAGGGAGUACCGGAUGGGAAGGUCUGUCCAGGAAUACUGUUCGGAUCUCCUCCAGCUCUAUGGGGACAAGAGGAAGUUUCUCCUUCUGGGAAUGCGGCCCUUCAUCCCAGAUCAGGACAUCGGCUACUUCGAGAGCUUCCUGGAGAGCAUCGGCAUCCGGGAAGGGGGGAUCCUGACCGACAGCUUUGGGCGGAUAAAGCGCAGCAUGAGCAACACCUCCGCCUCCGCUGUGCGCAGCUACGACAGCUGGUCCCUCCGCUCCGAGUCGGAGUCCUUCAACCGCAUGAUCACGGACAUCACCCACGACAUCGAGGCCCUGGCUCGUGAUGAGGAGGAGGAGGAGGAGGAAGACAACUAUCUGUGA